AUGGCGAGUCCGAGUCAGAUGCCUCCGGUGCCCAACCGCGAGGAUAUCGGGGCUACCUGGAACUAUCUUCAGGCCGGCAUCACCCGCAUCAUGAACGAUCUCGAGCAGGGCAUCGACAUGCAAAUGUACAUGGGAGUCUACACAGCCGUCCACAACUUCUGCACGUCUCAAAAAUCUGUUGGGCUCGGCGGUCCUGCCAUGCACUCCAACCACCGUGGAGCGCACCUCCUCGGCGAGGAGCUGUACAAUAAGCUCAUCUCCUACCUGCGGACACACCUGGGAGAGCUUGUCGAGGAAUCAAAGUCACACACCGAGGAGGCCCUCCUCGCCUACUACAUCAAGGAGUGGAACCGAUACACCAUUGCAGCGAAGUACAUCCACCAUCUUUUCCGGUACCUCAAUCGUCACUGGGUUAAGCGAGAGAUUGACGAGGGAAAAAAAAACAUCUACGAUGUCUACACGCUGCACCUGGUCCAGUGGCGCAAGGUUCUGUUUGAGCAGGUGUCUUCCAAGGUCAUGGACGCCGUUUUGAAACUUGUGGAAAAGCAGAGAAACGGCGAGACCAUCGAACAUGGCCAGAUCAAGCAAGUGGUGGAUUCGUUUGUGUCCCUGGGUCUCGACGAAGCCGACCCUUCCAAGUCUACUCUCGACGUGUACCGCUACCACUUCGAACGGCCCUUCCUCGCCGCCACCAAAGAAUUCUACCAGGCCGAAUCUAAGCAGUUUGUGGCCGAGAAUAGCGUUGUCGAGUACAUGAAGAAGGCGGAGACCCGACUGGCCGAAGAGGAGGAAAGGGUCAGCAUGUACCUUCACCAUGACAUCGCCGUACCACUCAAGAGGACAUGCAACAUGGCUCUGAUUGCCGAUCACUCGGCGCUGCUGCGCGAGGAGUUCCAGGUUCUGCUCGACACGGACCGGGAGGAGGACAUGGCGAGAAUGUACAACCUCUUGUCACGAAUCCCCGACGGUCUCGAGCCGCUCAGGGCGAGGUUCGAGACCCACGUGCGGAAAGCAGGGCUCGCGGCCGUUCAAAAGGUCCAGUCAUCAGAAGGAGACAAGUUGGAGCCAAAGGUGUAUGUGGAUGCUCUCCUUGAGGUCCACAGCCAGUACCAAAUGCUGGUCAAGAAGGCCUUCAACGACGAGGCCGAGUUCACCCGAUCGCUCGACAACGCGUGCAGGGAAUUCGUUAACCGAAACGAGGUUUGCAAGUCGGCGUCGAGCAAGUCGCCGGAACUCUUGGCCAAGUACACGGAUGUGCUCCUACGCAAGAGUAGCACCAGCAUCGAGGAGGCUGAUUUGGAGCGGACGCUCACUCAAAUCAUGACUGUCUUCCGAUACAUCGAGGACAAGGAUGUGUUCCAGAAGUUUUACUCGCGCAUGCUGGCCAGGCGGCUGGUGAAUAGCAAUUCGUCGUCUGACGACGCCGAGACGAGCAUGAUCAGCAAGCUGAAGGAGGCAUGCGGCUUCGAAUACACCAACAAGCUGCAGCGCAUGUUCCAGGACAUGCAGAUAUCCAAGGACCUUAACAAAGAAUUCAGCGACCACCUUUCCAGUGUGGGAUCCACGAGCGGCGUUGACUCUACCUUUUCCAUACUCGGGACUGGGUUCUGGCCGCUCACGCCGCCGAGCACACACUUUCACCCUCCGGCCGAAAUCGCAACUGAGAUUGAACGCUUUGCCCGCUUCUACAAGCACAAGCACGAUGGCCGCAAACUUACGUGGCUGUGGCACCUCUGCAAGGGCGAGAUGAGGACGGGCUACUGCAAAAGCAGCAAGACGCCAUUUACUUUCCAGGUGUCCAUUUAUCAGAUGGCGAUACUCCUGCUCUUCAACGAAAAGGAUGUCUACACGUACGAAGACAUGCUCAGCGCAACGCAGCUCAGCAGCGAAGUGCUGGAUCAAGCAUUGGCUGUGAUUCUCAAGGCCAAGGUGCUCCUCAUGCCCGGCGGGGCAGGGGACAAACCCGGCCCCGGCAAGACGUUUAGCCUCAACUACGACUUUAAGAGCAAGAAGAUUCGAGUCAACCUGAAUCUGGGCGGCAUCAGGGAGACCAAGCAGGAAGAGGCCGAGACAAACAAGACGAUUGAAGAGGACCGAAAGCUGGUCCUUCAGUCGGCCAUUGUGCGCAUCAUGAAGGCACGGAAGAGGAUGAAGCACACGCAGCUCAUGAGCGAGACCAUCAACCAGAUUCGCUCACGCUUCGUGCCAAAGGUUGGGGACAUCAAGAAGUGCAUAGAAAUACUUCUCGACAAGGAAUACCUGGAGCGCAUGGACGACGACGACCUGGGUUAUCUCGCCUAG